AAAACUCCAAUUGAAUUGGGAAAAACUCUAAAUAAAUAGUUUUCUCUCAAUUUAAUGGUUCAUUUUUAGAUUUCAUUGCGAUACAAUCCGAACAGUAAAAAAUAUGCAUAGUAUGGUCUACAGUAAUGUCAUCUUGCUACAUAAUGCUACAGGUGACCCUAUCAGGAUUGUUGAAUUUCAUAGACGAACUGCGGUUGAGCUGCAUGUGGGGACGAGAGGAUCAUCAUCUUCACCACCAACCACAAAGAAACAACUGGACCCGGCUCUGCUGCGUCAAGGGCGGAUGGACGUGAACGUCCACAUGUCCUAUUGCACUCCAUGUGGAUUUAGAGUUCUGGCAGCCAAUUACAUCGGAAUAAAAGACCACGAGCUCUUCGGAGAAAUUGAGGAGGCAAUCAGGACGACGGAGUUGACCCCAGCGGAGGUGGCGGAGCAGUUAAUGAGAAACGAUGACGAUCUCGACGCCCUGCUUAAUGACCUAAUCCAAGUUCUUCAGGUGAAGGAGAGAGAAAAUGAGGAGGCAAAGGUCAAGAAGAAUCAUGCACAACAAGAAUCGACAGUUAGUGAAGGAGGACAAACUGACGAAGAAGAGAACAAAAGUAGAGAAUGAAUUUAAUAUAUCUCAGGAUUAAAUUAUAAGUGUGCUGUUAAGGCCAAAAAAAGACUAGGUGUACUGUUUUUAAUUAAAGUUAUUUUUCUGACAUGUCAGUGUUUUGUUAAGAUUAGUUAAUACAAGUUUUGUUAUUUU